GGUAUAGCAAAGGCGGUAAAAAUUGUAAGCGCCGUUUGGUUAAACACGAGUAUGCGGACACUACUUCGAGAGAUUAGACGUGCACCUAAAUAAUAAAUGACGGGUGUUUGAGAUUUUUUUUAAUUAAUUUAUCAAAAUUAUUUAUUAAGGUGUGAAAGUGUCCCGUUUCAGGAUGGCUUCGGCGAAGACGCGCAAAUGGGCAGACUGGCUGACCUGCACCCAAGUCCUCAACAUCAUGGUGAUCCUCGGCUUCAUGUUCAACUACAUGCUGCGAGUCAACAUGACCAUCGCCGUGGUGGACAUGGUGAAGAAAAACGACACCAACACCACCUCCACCAGCACGCGCUUCGACUGGUCGGAGGCGCAGAAAAACGACAUUUUGGGCAGCUUCUUCUGGGGCUACGUCCUGACGGAGCUUCCCGGUGGCCGUCUCGCCGAGAUCGUGGGGGCGCGGCGGGUCUUCGGGGGCGGCAUGCUCCUCGCCAGCCUCAUAACAGUACUCACCCCGGCCGCGUGCCACUUGAACUACUAUGUAGUGUUAGUUUUACGGGCUUUUCUGGGCUUCUUCCUGGGGGCCACGUGGCCGGCGAUCCUGCCCAUGGCCGCCAAGUGGAUCCCGCCCAUGGAGCGGUCCAAGUUCAUCGCCAACAUGAUGGCCAGCUCGCUGGGGGCGGCGUUGACGAUGCCCGUGUGCGGGUUCUUGAUUUCGUCCAUUGGGUGGCCGAGUGUGUUUUACGUGACGGGGGCGGUGGGGAUCGUGUGGUCGGUGGCGUGGUUUUUGCUUGUGUUUGAUUCUCCGGCACAACACCCCAGAAUCACGAUUGAGGAGAAGUUGGAGAUUGAGUCGAAAAUCGCGGAGGGAAGUGGCGGGAAAAGUGUGAAGCCGUCCAAGGUGCCAUGGGUGAAGAUUUUUACUUCUGGGCCCGUCUGGGCGAUUAUUAUCACGCAUGGGUGUUCGGUUUUUUGCUACUUUACCGUUGUCAAUCAACUGCCGUCCUAUAUGGACCAUGUCUUGCAUUUUAAUAUAAAGAAGAAUGGGAUAUUGUCCAGUUUGCCCUAUCUCGGCAAAUACGCAAUGGCCGUCAUCGCCAGCUACCUCGCGGACCGACUGCUCAAAUCGGGCCGCCUCUCGCGCACCACCACCCGCAAAGCCUUCACCACGUUCGCCGUCCUGACCCCCGGCUUCCUCAUGAUAAUCCAGGCCUUCCUGGGCAUGGACCCCGUCAUAACAGUAGUAGUAUUCACCGCGUCCCUGUUUUUCAACGGCGCCGUCACCGCCGGCUACCUCUCCAACGGCCUGGACAUCGCCCCCAACUUCUCGGGGACGAUCUUCGGCAUGGCCAACACCCUCUCGUCCUUCGGCGGCUGGCUGUCGACCAAAAUCGUGGCCAUCCUCACCAAAGACGAGCAGACUUUCGAGCAGUGGCGGUACGUUUUCUGGAUUCUAGUCGGGACGUACGCCACUGGGGCCCUCGUUUAUCUGCUACUGGGGACCGGGGAGUUACAGAAGUGGAACUCUGCGGACGAGGAGGUGCGAGUGGAGAAGGAGAUGCAGCCGUUGAGGAGGAACGAGAAGGAGGUGCUAGCGUGAUUUUUACUGUUUUUAUACUUGUACAUAUUGUGAUUUUUUUAAAUAAAUUUUUGACGAUC